AUGACUAAGGAGGGCCGCAGCCUACACCAUCCAAGAAAGCGCGGGCAAAGUCUGAGGAGCAGGACACUGAAGAAGUUUCCUUAUACCAACUCCAAGAAGUGCAUGAACUGUGACAAGAACAUCAACCGCAUACUUGCAAUGAUGAAUGGCAACUACAUGGAUAUUAUCUCCAUUUUCAAGGCUGCCGGCAAAAUGUUAAAGGACGGGACGGAUCGCUUUCAGGACGCGCACAAACUUGGCAUCGUCAAAGCCCUGAUCAAGUUCGGCCAACACUCUGAAGUCCUUGUCAACACUCAUGCUCUGACGCUCGAUGAUAUUAUAUGA